AUGAUCUUUUCUCGUUUAUUACCUCUUGCAAUUGUUGCUGUCUCUCAAGUAGCUUGCGUUUCUGUUCAUAGUUGGUGGAGCGUGCCUAGUGGAUUUGGCAACAUCAAAGAGCUUGUGUCUUCUAUCCGUGUACCUAAAGGCUCUGACCCUGUCAACACCUACUGGAUGGCAAAUGGUUUCACUGGAGGCUACAUGGGAUUUCAACAUAACUCAGGUACAGAGCGUCGCAUUUUGUUCUCUGUUUGGGAUGAUGGUAAAGGCAGCACUGUAGAUGUUUUGAAGAAGGGCGAUGGUGUCAUCGCUAAAGGCUUUGGCGGCGAAGGCACUGGUUCACAAUCAUACAAGGUAUACAACUGGAAGGCUCAAGACACUGUAUACUUCAAGGUAGCAUCUGAUGUUAAUGAGGAUACGAACGAAACCACGUUAUCUGGCUACUACAGUACAGAUGGCGGUAAAAAUUGGAACCUGAUGGCUACUUUCUUGGCUCAUAAGCAAAAGAUCUACCUCUCUAGUCCAUACAGCUUUUUGGAAAACUUUGGUAGUGAUCAAUCCACAUUGAAGGAAGGCUUUUACGGAAACCAAACCAUUACUAGCACUAGUGGCAAAGUAGCUCAUAUCAGCAAGUUCUCCUUCACUCACACCACACCUGUGCGCAAUGGCGAACUGUAUGAACAAAAGCAAAGCUUAGGCCCUUCAAAUGAAGUCUACAUGAGAAUUGAUGGCAGUAAGAAUCAAGGCAUUUAUAACCCACCCUCCAAUCCCAAAUAA